GGCAGAAGAGAAAAUCAAGUUUGGUAUUUGAAAAUAUCAAAACUAGCACUGGCUUUUGCAAUUAUCCACUCAAAACCACCAGGGAAAAGUUGCAAAGAAUACACUGAGCACCUUGCCGAAAGUGUAUCCGAACAAGAUUUUGGAUGGAAAUUGAAAGUUGAAGCGCUGGAAGCUGAAGUUCUUCGAUUACGUCAGGAACUUCUCUUGAACAAGAUCUGUCAGAGAUUCUGCUUGGAAAAUGGAAAACCAGAUGCCUCUGCUAAAACUCUUCUGGAUCAGGAAUGUACAAACCCUAUGAGUUACUCAAGUCAGCUAGAAGACUCUGGAUGUGAUGUGUCUAGUGACUAUGCAUUUGAUUCUUUAGGCAUAACUUCUGAUUUUCACCAAUCUGAGCAUGUCGACACUUCUAAACAUUGGUUGGAAAGACUUCCCCCAUUGAAUCUUUGCUGUAGUAGCAAGGAGGAAUCUCUGACUGCUCCAGUGCAGUUUUUGCAACAUCUGCUUGAAAUAAGAAAACUGUCAGAAGGAGGAAUUCUUCAAGCAGACUUCACAGAGCUUGAGAAUGAUUCUUUCACUGUAUGCCAUUCAGUGUCUCAGUUGCUUGAUGGACUGACUGUUUUUUACAACAGUCCUAAAUUUCCAGUUUCUAAUUUUCUUACUGAAGCGGUUUGUGUUUUGAUCAGUUUAAUAACUGAUACUAAAUUAUCUAAUCAUGUUUUGAAGAAGUGUUUCAAGAAGCUGGAAGAAUUUAAGAAAAAUCUAAUUCAGAUUAUUUUAAGAAACAGCAAUGUCAAUAGGGUAAGUUUAAAACAUCUUCAGUCUUUCUUACACCAUUUCAAUAUACG